AUGACAAAUGAGUCUCGCGAUCAAACAGGUCUAGUCUCAAUUGAUCAGAGCUUACAACAUACUCAUGAUGACCCAGCUUCAUUCGACUUGUUUGCUCAACCCAACCCAUCACUUUCUGUUGUUAUUUCUCGAAUUAGCACAGCAAAUGGCAGUCAGGACUCUGAUGCAUUCGGUUUCUGUCAUCCUGACGUCCUCGAAGCUGUCUUUAUUCAGGCUCUGAUCUGGUCUGUUGUCUCUGUAUUUCGGCUACCUGAGCAAGUGAUUAUAGACGAAUUUAUCAAAGCGCUUUCAGGACUUGUGACUGUGGACGAGGGUCCUAUAGAGAUGAGUGACAUAGAUAUGUCAGUCGACCAGUGCGCCAGAGGUACAGAAAAGCAAAAGACCGUGAGACCAGGCAAGUAA